GCAUAUGGCAACAACCCCUACAACAACGACUACGAUGAUGACAGCCAGUAGAUACGCUAAAGGAAAGAUAGCAGGAAUAACCCCUACUAGUAGUGACGACAUCAUCAUCGUCGUUCAUCCAGUCUUACUGUUGGUUAAAUAUAUUAUCACACCCAAGUAUCAUCAUCAUGAUGUUGAUGGUGAUAGUAGUCAAGCAUCAGAAUAUAGCAUGAAUAUGUUACGUAGACUGUUGAUACUUGAUAAGGGUAUUAGUCCUCAUCAUCAUCAUGAUGCAGCGACGGGACGGCCGCGGCAGCCAUUAUUGACAAUAUGUGGUGUAUCGAUAUACACACAACAUGUGGAGGCAGCAUUGGCUAUCAUAUCAACAACAACAAAUGGUAAUGAGAAGAAGAGGAAGAAUUGGGAUAUCAUUGAUAAUAACGAGAAGAAGGAGGAACAAAGGGGAAGUGAGGAGGAAGAGGAGGAGGAAGGGGCUGUUAACAACAACAAAAGACUAAGGACUACUCUAUCUACUAAUGAUAAUGAGAGUGGUCAUUAUCAUCCUCAUAGUCAUACCACUCUACCCACCAAUGAUAAUGAGAGUGGUCAUCAUCAUCCUCAUAGUCAUACCACUCUACCCACCAAUGAUAAUGAGUGUGGUCAUCAUCAUCACACUACUUCAUCGAGUCGUCCUGAUGAUGUCCCUAUUACGGAUAAGGAAUCACUGUUAAAGAUGGGUAGAAGAUCAUUGAGUAUAUCAUCAGCGAGAAGACUAUGUCAUGAUAUUGGUAUUGAUAGUAAUAUGAUGAUAGAGAAGUCGGAGUUUGUAUCAGCAGUAGUAGAUGCACUGUGGGAUAUGGAUGAUAAAGGAUUGUAUUGGUUAUUAUCAUCAUACGGCAGUGAGUGGAAGAAUACAUGUAUAACUCGUAAUGAAUUAUUGAAGCAGCUCAUUUGUGGUAGUAGUAGUAGCAGCCUCAAUC